AUGACUCUGCAAGAUACGAACAAGUCCCGAACUUCCGCUGAGGACGUUAUCAAUCCGGGUGCGGACCUUCCCAAAGCUUCUGCCUUUGGUAUCGCGACGACAGCUGCUGGAGAUCCCCCUCAAUCGUUGACCUCCAUCCCUCCGGCAUCUGAUCGCUCGGUCCCGGUUACUCAUCUCAACCCUUUCCAGGCAAAAGACUGGACGAAAACUCACCACCUCUCAGGCCUAACUGCUGGGACUCGCGACGGAAGAUUUCCAGGCGUCUGGGCGCCGAAUAGCGGACGGUAUGGUCCGAUAGCCAACAAGGCGCCUCACGAACAUCUUGGUGCUCUCUCGAUCCCACCUCUCUCGGGGCAGUUUGGCCACCCGCAGCCGUUAGCAACACCACCCUUCGAAAUUGGACCAGGAGGCGCGCAGCUUACACUAGGAAAAAGGAUCACCGUCGAGGCCAAACAAGAGUUGCGACCGUUCGAUUCCCCCUCGAAAAAACCGCGUUUAGUAGCGCCUGGCAGUCUUCAGCUACCAGCCUUACCACGCACCCCCGACGAACUCGCUUCCCCCGUGCAAGGAGUCUCGUCUCCCCUUUUCUUCUCACACCGAGCAAAACAAAAACAUCCGACUCCCCGCAUGCACAGCUUCUUCGCAAACGGCAUUGCUGCUUCCAUCAUGAGCAGCGUCCAAGAGACGCAGGACGGGGUAACGACCCUGCGCCUGCCGAAGGGUCAUGUCACCACUACCACAGCGCAGGGUUCAAACAGAUCUUCCAGCACACCAGGGAGCUGGACUUCAUCAGAAUCGCUAGAUGCUACGAUGCGCAGUCCAGAUGGCAGGCCUCUCGUAAUAGUGGCACCAGGGCUUCAGGCCAUACCCGCCACUGAACUCCUGGACCAAGAUCCCAGGCCGGUAUUUAUCGUCGACCUUGGAAACCCUUUGAAUGCCAGCUCAGGCUUGUUGCAUAUCGUGUAUGCUAACCCUUCCCUCAAAGCCUCAACUAGUGUUUUGGAACUCCUGAAUGGGGACACGGCAGACACAGAAGCAGAUAGUUUCGAUUUCGCCCAUUUCAAGCAUUGGAUAAUCAACCCCGAGGCAAACACCGAAUCGAUCAAUUUGGCUUCGAAAUGCAUAACGUUUGGCGGGAUCAACUGGACGUGUUCGACUCUCAGAAAGCGGUUUCGAGUUGUCACUGGACAUAGCAACAUUGUCUCCGAUACACCGACCACGCCGAGCCCCGUAGCACAGAUGCCCCCAGUACUAAGCCGGAGCUCACGCGGCUCAGUAUCAGCCCGCGAACUUUCGCCCGAGCGUGGAGAUGCUAUUGAUUACUUUGGCCCAAUGGAGGAAGUCGGCUCGCCCCGCCCAAGGUCUUAUUCGGAGCCUAGGAGCCCUUCGAGAACCAUCAUCGACACCUCCCUGGCAGGAUUGAACGAACUGCCUAUGGUACUCCCCCUCUCGCAGGUUUAUACAACUUUCGACUGGACCCGAAUUCCUGCCGACGACCCAAAUCUUGGCCCUCAUCACCGCUUCGCGCGCUCUAUUGACUGGGCAUCUACGCCCUUGGGACCUGUGGAGGAGUGGCCGGCGGAUUUGCGCAUCAUGUCGAAUAUGAUCAUGGGCAGUCCCCAUCCGGCAGCACUGUAUUGGGGCGAGGAGUUUGUCGCCAUCUACAACGAAGCCUACAUUCAGCUUGCCGGAAAGAAACACCCCCAAUUGAUGGGCGCCAAGUACAAAGAAGCGUGGCCCGAGAUUUGGGAUGAGAUUGGACCAAUCUUCGAUGCCGCAUGGAAUGAUGGUAACGCGACGAUGAAACACGAUGACGGGCUGUUCAUAACGCGACAUGGAUUCUUGGAGGAAACCUUUUUCAACUGGGCUAUCAUUCCGUUGGUUGGCGGCGACGGCACGGUUGUCGCGCUUUACAACCCGGCCUUCGAAAACACCCGGCGAAAGAUCAACGAGCGGCGGAUGCUGACCCUUCGCGAAGUGGGAGUAAAGACGUCGCAGGCUCGCGACGUGAAAGGUUUCUGGGGUAUGCUUCAGCAGGGUCUGGAGUACAAUGGACUCGAUGUGCCUUUUGCCCUCAUUUAUUCGGUUGCGGAGGAUAACGAGAGCGAGGUCGCGUCUAUCAACUCUGGCAGUGUCACGAAUCCGCCCCAGAUCACACUGGAGGGCUCCGUUGGUGUUCCCGAGGGACAUCCCGCUGCUAUUGAAUCGAUUGAUUUGCGGACGAGCGAUGAAGGUUUUGCGCCAUACAUGAGAGACUCCAUGGCACAUCCAACCAAUCCCAUUAUUCUGAGCGAAAACGAUGGCAGCCUACCCACCGAGUUGAUCGAAGGCUUUGACUGGAGAGGAUUUGGUGACCCCUGUCGGACUAUUGUUGUCUUCCCCGUCCAUCCCACGACGGCUGGAGACAUGGUUGUUGGAUUCGUUGUGCUUGGUGUCAACCCCCGACGACAGUACGAUGAGGAUUACCAGCUAUUUGUCAACUUGCUUUCCCGCCAACUUGCGACAUCCAUGGCGUCUGUGGUGUUGUUCGAGGAGGAGAUCAAGCGCGGCCAGCGGGCUGCACGCUUGGCUGCUCUGGAUAGGCAACAGCUUUCAAUGCAGCUUCAUCUUCGGACGCAAGAGGCUGUUGAGAGCGAGUAUCGCUUUGCGCGCAUGGCGGAACUUGGCCCUGUCGGUUUGUUCAUCGCCGAUAGCCAUGGACGUAUCAACUACUGUAACGAGAUGUGGUGGAGGAUAUCCGGGCAUGAGCGGAGUGCAAGCACCCUCGACGCUUGGAUGCAGAGCAUAAGAGACGAAGACCGCGAUGGUGUUGUGGAUGUCUGGCGUCACUUGGUCGAGGAGAAGGUGCCGGUGACUUACGAGUUUCGAUUCAACGGUACGCGGAAAAUUGUCGAUGGCCACACCGUUGAUACGUGGGCACUAAUGAGCGCCUACCCCGAACGAGACGAAACCGGUGAACUCAAGAGCAUCUUUGGUUGUAUAACCGAUAUCUCGCAGCAAAAAUGGGCCGAGGAUUUCCAGAAACGAAGGCGCGAUGAGGCUGUUGAACUCAAACGCCAACAAGAGAACUUCAUCGACAUCACCAGCCAUGAAAUGAGAAAUCCCCUUAGUGCCAUUCUUCAGUGUGCCGACGAAAUUGCCUCGGGACUUAACAAGUACCGGCAGGACGAUCCGGCAUUUCGUGGACCUGACACUUUGGAGACGCUGGUUGGUAGCUGCUUGGAAGCCGCCAAUACCAUUUCCCUCUGCGCUAGCCACCAGAAGCGAAUCGUCGACGACAUCUUGACGCUCUCGAAACUCGACUCGCAACUCUUGCUUGUGACACCGGUCGAUGUUCAGCCAGUCCAGGUUGUGGAGGAAGUCCUGAAGAUGUUCGAAGCCGAACUCAACUCCAAUGACAUCAAAGGUCAUUUCCAGAUCGAGCAGUCGUAUCGCAAUCUCGAAGUUGACUGGGUGAAGCUGGAUCCAUCACGCCUGAAACAGGUCCUCAUCAACCUCAUGACCAAUGCCAUCAAAUUCACCCAGGGCCGACCGACACGGGCAAUCACUAUCAACUUAGGCGCCUCAAAAGAUGUGUCAUCGGCCGGGCUUUCGUAUUUCCCACCACGGCAUCCAGACCAAGAGGAUCUUACGGACGACGCAGAGUGGGCUACCGGCGAAAAGAUCAACUUGCACUUGGCAGUUUCAGACACCGGGCCGGGUCUUGAUGAGAAUGAAAAGAAGAUUCUCUUCCAGCGAUUUUCGCAGACCAGCCCCCGAACCCACGUCCAAUACGGCGGAUCUGGGCUAGGCCUCUUCAUCUGUCGGAUACUAACCGAGUUACAAGGUGGCCAGAUUGGAGUCUAUUCCGAGAAGGGCGAGGGAAGCACAUUUGCUUUCUAUGUGAAAAGUCGUAAAGCGGAGAACCCGCAGCCGGUCCAGACUGUUGUCGACAACUCGAUGUCCAUACAGCCACUUCAGCAGCGUGUCAGCCCACUAACUCAGGCUCAGAUCAGCCACCGCUCAUCAGGAUCAGCCGCAUUCUCUCUGCUCGGACACGGCCGGUCACAUCCGCCACCUACCAGAACACAAUCCGCUCCGGCCCUCACGGACGUCACUCAGACCAGAUCCCUUGACGUCCUCAUUGUCGAAGAUAAUUUGGUGAAUCAGAGAGUCCUGCAACGUCAACUGCAAUUGUCGGGGAACAACACGUACGUGGCCAACCAUGGCGGAGAGGCCUUGGUGGAGUUGAGCAAGUCUCGCUUCUGGAAUCAGGAGAUCGCUGCGACGGACGAGGCUGCAUCAGCUCUCCCGAAAAGCAACAAAAACCCCGCAAGUGAUGGUGGUACUGAUGGCGCGCCCGAUAGCGCGCCCGAUGGUGAAGAAAAUAACAAGAACAUUUCUGUCAUCCUCAUGGACCUCGAGAUGCCGGUCAUGGACGGAAUGAGCUGCACUCGCGAAAUUCGUCGUCUAGAAGGUGCGGGCGUCAUUACGCGGCAUAUUCCUAUUAUUGCCGUCACUGCGUACGCACGGCCUGAGCAGGUCGAAAGUGCCAGGGCCGCUGGUGUGGAUGACGUCAUUUCCAAACCCUUCAGACUACCUGAGUUGAUACCCAAGAUCGAAGAAUUGGUUCUCAAGUACGAUGGGGAACCAUAG